AUGUUCUCUGUGGGGCUGCCCUGCGCCCCCGCCGCAUGCAGACCCCGCUCCGAUGGGCCACAGCCCGGACUGAGGGCCUUUCAGGAGCUCGGGUCUGCUUCCCGUCUGGGAGAUCAGCCCUGGCUGAUGGGCCCGCCACACCCAGCGCUGCUGCCCAGCCGUCCCCGCAAACCCAUGCCCUCUCCCGGGGCGGGCCGCACAGCUCAGGGAGGGCUGAUGGCACAAAGCCGGCUCUCAGCUGCACCCAGGGGCCUGCUCACGGGGCACAGUCUAGGCCCCGGCGACCCCCAGUGUACCCCCCACCCCCCAACAGCUUCAGGUAUUGAACCUCGGGGGCUCGGCUCAGACGCGUCCUCCUCUCAGGAAACCCUCGGGCCCUCCUCACGGUGGUCAGAAGCUUCUGGCUCCAGCACCGACGAGGUGUGUGGCCCAACGAACUCUGUGUGGUUGUGGCUCAUGUGCAUGGCGAACUCCCGACCCAGCCCCAUCCACCCCGAGUCACUCGGGGCACCCCCGGCCCCCUUCACCACUUAG